AUGGCCAGGGAGAACCAAACUGCCAUCUUUGAAAUUGUCCUUUGGGGUAUCUCCACCCAACCUGAACACCAGAGUCUUCUCUUUCUGUUUUUUCUCUCCAUCUACCUCUUGACCCUGCUGGGAAACCUGCUGAUUAUCCUGCUCAUCCGCUUGGAUGACCAUCUCCUUCGCACCCCAAUGUACUUCUUCCUCAGCCACCUCUCAUUGGCUGAUGUCACUUUUGCUUCCACCACCGUUCCCAAAAUAUUGGCAAACCUAAUGUCUCGGAGCAAAACCAUCUCCUACAGUGGGUGUUUGACCCAGAUGUAUUUCUUCUUGACCUUUGGCAACACAGACAGCUUCCUCCUGGCCUGCAUGGCUUAUGAUCGCUACGUGGCCAUCUGCCGGCCAUUGCACUACACCAUGGUGAUCAACGGCAAGUGCUGCCUUUACUUGGUGUCUGGAUCUUGGAUCAUUUCUGCUCUCCACUCCUUGCUGUACACCCUUCUGACAUCACGCCUUUCUUUCUGCGCUCCUUGGGAGAUCCCCUACCUCUUCUGUGAUGUCUACCCCCUUCUGGAGCUCUCCUGCUCGGACACCACGCUCAUCAAGACUCUGGCGCAGACAGAAGGUGUGCUGGAUAUCCUUGGCCCCUUCGUUCUCAUCAUCAUCUCCUACACACGCAUCUUCUGGGCCAUUAUGAAAGUCCCAUCUGCUGCUGGGAAGCGCAAGGCUUUCUCCACCUGUGGCUCUCACCUGGCUGUUGUGGUCUUGUUCUAUGGCACCAUCAGCUGCCUCUACUUCCAGCCUGCCUCCACUUACUCAGCCCAGAAAGGCACCAUUGUCUCUCUCUUGUAUGCCGUGGUGAUUCCUAUGCUGAACCCCUUCAUUUACAGCCUGAGGAACCAGGAUAUAAAGGCAGCUCUGGUGAGACUUCUUGGCAGGCUCAGAGCUUUCCUGAGGAAGUGA